GUUAUAUUUUACAUUAUUCUGAUUUGAGCGUUGCAAAAAACUUAGAAGUUUUACAGAAUUGGCCUUCAGAUGAUAACAUUAAAGUAGCAAUCCACUAUGCUUACGAACAAGCCACUGCCCUUGCUAAAGAUAUUCUUGAUAUGGUGAUAAAUGCUCAAGUUUGUGGCUUUAUAACAGUUUCAAAAGAUGAAGAGGUGGAUCCUGAAGUAGCAAAUAAAAUUGAUAAACAACUUGAUAACUUACAAAGAUCUGAUAGUUUACAAGAGACUGAAAAUAUUUGUAUAUUUGCUGCCGCUGUGGAAGUUAAUAUGUGGAAUAAACUUAAUGCUUUAACUGAA